ACACUACUCCGAAUUAUUGGGCGGGUCUUAUUUCCGUCAUCGUGUUAUCGACCAAUCAGAACGCUCCGUGUAUCACGCAGCGCCGCGGGUCAGAGUUCGGAGGUUGACAGGCAGGGUUAUGGUGGAGGUGCUGAUACAUUGGUGGGGUUGACGUGAUUCGAGGGGAAAUAACCAAACCAGCAGAACAAAUUUGACUAUCAGAACCAGCCGAAGAGCGGAAAAGCGUUUGCCGAAGCGGAACCAGCAGCUGUAGUGAAAGCGGAAAGCCGAGAAUCGCUCCUCCGGUGCGGCGGAGCCACUCGAAUCUUCGCCCUGAUUUCUCCCGUAGGAUCGGCGCUCAUGGCGCUCCUGUACGGCCUGCUGUGGCGGCUCCUGCUCGCUCUGCUCCGCAUCAAGAGAGCGCUCGUCUCGUGGCUCCGAGCCCGCCUCCGGAACCGCAGCGGCAGCUUGUGGGAGCGGGUGGUGGCGGCGCUGCUCCUGCCUGCGGCUCUGUCGACGGACUCCCAGAAGAAGUUAGAGCGGAGCCCCGUGAACGGCAGCCGCGCCGACAGCCGCCGGGCGCAGUGGUUGGCGGACGGCAGAGCUCUUGAGAAGUUGCCGGUGCACGUCGGGCUGAUGGUGGCCGAGGAAGAGCCCAGCUUCACGGACAUCGCGAACCUGGUGGUGUGGUGCAUGGCCGUCGGUGUGUCCUACGUCAGCGUCUACGAUCAUCACGGUGUCUUCCACAAAAACAACUCCCGUCUGCAGGAGGAAAUCGUGAGGCAGCAGCAGAACCUGCUGGGUCUGGAUGGGUCCAAAUACAACGUCGAGUUUCUGAGUAACGGCGGAGACGAGCACCAGCACUGUGUUGUGUCCUGCAGACCCACCGUGAAAGUCUUGUCUCCUGAAGAUGGGAAGCACAGCAUCGUUCAGGCAGCCAGGAAGCUCUGCCACUCGGUGGAGAACAAGGAGAGGAGCUCCAAAGACAUCAGUGUGUCCAUGCUGGACGUCAUGCUCAGAGAAUCCAAAAACAUUACCGACCCGGAGCUGGUGGUGAAGUUUGGUCCGGUCAACAGCACGCUCGGCUUCCUGCCCUGGCACAUCCGACUCACAGAGUUCGUCUCGGUGCCAUCACACAGAAACGUGUCAUACGAGGACCUGUACGGCGCCUUGCAGCGCUACGGCGUCUGCCAGCAGCGACUCGGACAGUGACGAGUUUUUGUAGAGGAGUCUGGAUAGACGUUGAGCCGUCCUUUCUUAUCUACCGUGUAUCCACGACUGUUUGAGCCAUGGCGACCAGUGAGCGUGAGACCGGCACUCUCUUGUUGUCAAAUGGACUCCCCUCUUGGGAUGUUUGGAGCACGCUCGAUUAAUCAGCAAGGUUGCUGACAACAGAGACCAGCUGUCAUCCUCACGGCCUUCAUCUGUCCAUCUGCUGCUGACCGAGCAGUGUGAAGGAAGAGGAGGCGUGGCCAUCCCUCUCCUCUUCCUCACAGAUGACAAAGACUCACCUGACCAGCAGAUGAAGGGUGAUCGGUGUGUAAAUAAGACUGACUGUUGUGUUGACCUGUUUGGUUUCUGCUGGAGUGGUGUUUAAAUAAAAUGAAGCGCCUCCUGUCCCCA